UCGAUGUAUCGAAUGAAUCGAUUAAAUGAAGGAAAACAAAAAAAAACACAAUUAUCUUAUUAAUAUUUGCAACAAGUAACAAGCGCAGUGGUAAAUAACAUUCCGUAAGUAAGUAAACGCUUUGGGAGUGUCUCGAUUCGCCAGCCUCUACAAUCUAUCAGCGUCAGCGGACAACAGAGGCACUCUUUGUUAAAACGUUUGUCGCGGACCACCUGCAAAUAUGCACUGUGUCAUUAAAUACACAAGAGCAGCGACAAUAUAAACAAAAUCAACAACCAACAUCAAGAAUUCAACGCCACACAGAAGCUGCAUUUAUUUCACACACACAUUCUGACAUGCCGUUCAACUGAUUGCCCCAUUGCCAAUAAGAUGCGCGGAAUAGAGGGCAAAGUUGUUGUGCUAGGCUCGCGAGGCGUCGGAAAAUCUCGUUUAGUCAUCAAGUACAUUAAGAACGCGCUGCAUCGCACCGAGGAGCCGACGAUAGCCGUCUCUUUCUUUACCUGCAACAUCAUUCUGGAUGAUGUUAAAAUCAAAUUACAAAUCUGGGAUACCGCCGGCCAGGAGCGUUUCAGGGCCGUUGCACCCAUGUAUUAUCGCAAUGCGAAUGCUGCCAUUUUGGUUUUUGAUCUGACACAAUAUAAAACAUUCACCGAAAUCAAGUCAUGGAUACAGGAGCUGCAUCGCAAUGUCCAGGAUCCGAUGAUACUGACGCUGGUCGGCAAUAAAACGGAUAUGCAGUCACAGCGUGCCGUUUCCCGCGAUGAGGCCCAUUUGUUUGCCAUCUCCAUUGGCGCCACCUAUUUUGAGACAUCCACCGAAACGGACCAAGGACUCGAGCAGGUAUUUCUCUCGACGGCACUGGGCCUGGUGCGGCUGGCCGAUGAGGGCAAGAGCCAUUCGUUGCGCUCCUUCGAGUCAUCGGACUCUCUGUUCUACACCAACAGCAACACUGCCUUCAGCUAUACAGCCUCGGCUUUGGCGGCACGCAACCUGGAUAGCUCCGCAUUUCGGCUGCCCUAUGUGCACAUAGGCAUACCAGUCGAUGGCGAGGAUGUUAAGCCGACGGGCGAGGGUCGCCUGGAGACGCCCUCGUGGGCCAUCGAGCACAUUGCGCUGGGCCAGGUGGAAAGAUCGCGCUGGUGCUGCUACUGAAGCCCGCUCAGCCAGCCGGCAAAAAACUGAAACCAUUGUGAUGUUAAUUAAACAGGUUUUACUUUAGUUUACUCGAAUUCGCAACGGCUAAGCAAUCAAAUCCAAAUGAAAGACCACCAACCCGUUAAGAAAACUGAUAGAAUAUCCGAGCACAGCGGCCCGCCCUGACAAGGCCAAAUGCCUGGACACAGAAACCUAGAGAACGGGCCGCAUCCAAUUGACACACCAAUCCAAAUGUGGCUGCUAGUUGUAAGCUAGUCUUAAGUUUAGCUACUAAGUGUAACCAGCAAAUGCCUACUGUAUAUUAUUUAUAAACAUUAACAAGCAGCGACGUCGCUUAAAGCUCACUUGACUCAAAUGCUUAAGUUGCUCAUUCACUCACACACACACACACUCACGCACACAGACACCGUCUCGGCUGGGUGUAAUCACAAAUUCAUGUACAAAUUCGCACUUUAUACGAUAAAUACAUAUACAAAGUAUAUAUAUAUAUAUA